AUGACUACACAAUUCCAAGAAAGACCUCUCUUCGGAGGCGCUAUCACAGGCACAAUCCCACAAGGAUGGCUCGAUGCGAGCGACCUUCGCCAAGUGCCCAACCAUCAAGAGAUAUUCCUCUCUUCUACGACAUUGUCGAACCUCAUUGUUGAAAUCAACGAGUACGUGUCUGCGCAAGAAGCGCCGCCACCAGCAGCAGGGUCAGCGGCAGGCACAGAGGAAGAGAAAAUCGGUGUUGCGGCAGCGCUGUAUCAUAUGCAGGAUCUCUGUGACGAGGACGACACCAUGGAAGUCAUCAACGCUCCGCAUCGCGUGCAGCUAAGCCGUCUAGCAGCAUCGUCGUCAGCGGCGGGGGUUACGAUAUCUGCGUUUGCAGCGGUGGUCAAAUACACGACGCCAAAGAAGCAGCGAGGCCCUCACCAGCAUCAGAUCUCAACCAACAGCUCAGGCGAUGCGACGGCAGGUUCGAGCGCUGCAGCGACUCCCCAAAAGUCAGUGCAUGGCAGCCAUUUCUUGUUGGUGAGGUUGCCCGAGAAGGAGACGGAUUUGCUGGUGUUUGUGAAUGUGCCCCAUGACGAGUUUGAUGCGCAGGGGGAUUCGGGCGCGCUGGCGAGAGAGGAGGCGCUUGCUAGUGAGUUGGUUGGGAGGUAUAUUGAGACAAUUGAUGUGGUGGAUUGGAAUUUGUUUGGCUAG